AUCACACAUUCUGACUUGGAAUUAGAUAUAAUUAAUUCUAGCACUAUAAAAUAUGCGCAAAAAGCUUAUAUAUAUCAGGUAAAUAAAAUCGAUUGUCGAGAUGUUGGCAGUGCAGGAGUUUUCGGAUUACAGUAUAUACUUGGAAGGCAAUUGAAAUGUUCGGGAUGUGUGCGACAAGGCCCCUCCGUUCAAUUCGGUCUCCGUCCUCCGCUCGAUUGUAUAAAAGCUAGCCGCCGUCGAUGGAUCGCCUUAGUUUUUCACUCUUGCCCGUAGGAUCUCGUCAGCUGAAAAAGAAAUUAUUAUUCUCCCCUUUAUUCUAUCGAUUUCUUCUACGUAUUGUAAAACGGUUCAUUUAUACGAUGAAAAGAUAUUCUCUGCUUAUAGUAGUCUUGUUGGUGGCUCUAGCCAUUGCUGAGGAAAAGUAUACCAGAAAAUAUGAUGACGUGAAUGUGGACAAGAUUCUUCAGAAUAAUCGUGUCCUCACCAAUUACAUUCGAUGCUUGAUGGACGAGGGGCCUUGUACUGCCGAAGGCCGCGAGCUGCGAAAGACUGUGCCGGAUGCCUUGUCAAGCGGCUGCAACAAAUGUAAUGAUAAACAGAAAGUUAUGGCGGAAAAAGUGAUAAAUCAUCUUAAAACAAAACGAUCCAGGGAUUGGGAUCGUCUCGUCGCCAAAUACGAUCCAAAUGGCGAAUACAAAAAGCAAUACGAGAAAUCGUAAUUUCUUGAAACAUUUUAAUGCGUUUCUUUUACAUAAAAAGUAAUUUUUUAUACAAAAAUUAUUGGAAGAUGUAAUUUAAAUAUAUAAUAUUGUGAAUUGUUUAUCAUUUAAAUUUACAAUAUUUGUGGACAAUACGACGCAAUCAAUUGAAAUUCAGUCAAUAUAAAAGAAUUUGUUAAAAGUUUCAUUUUACUGAUUAAAUCAGCACUUUUUUUGCAAACCUGUGCGAGUUAUGUAAUAUAUCAUUCAUCGCCCAUGUCAUCAUCUCUUCCAAAUAAAAAAAUGCUAUUGUUAUGUAAGUGUUUGUAAAGAAUGUAUUUGGCAAUCAGUAUACACGCAGUUGUCAAUCAUAAAACGCAAUCAGAAAAUG